UUUUGUUUUUAAUCUGCCUCUUGGAAUUCUCUGCUCCACUGAAAAUAACUUCAUGGAUUGUUCAUCGAAAUCUAAUCUUUUUUGGCUCACGGAUUUCUUCCUCCGAUAUUCUGAUCCUUGGCGAUCUCAAUUCUGCUCAUAUGAACUCACACUUCUGCCAGUAGAACAAGUGAACAACUCACUGGCACCGUACUCUUGUUUGCUCACGGCCAAGAACUAGUUGACAUGAGAGGCUUCCUCUUUUCAAUUCACCAACUCUUCCCCCCUCUGCCGCCUCCGAAUCCCAAUCCCCGCGGCCACAAAUCUGACCCCGCCAAAAUCUUUCCGCCAUGAAGCAGGAGCGCCGGAGGAGGCAGCAACCAAGGCCGCCGCCGCACGUCGAGCUGGCGAUGGCGCACGCGCGGGACGGCGGGGUCAACGAGGGGGCGGAGGCGGCCGCCUGCCUGGACGGCGACGCCGAGACCGGGGCCCGCGCCGCGGGGCGCUUGCCGCCGUGGCGGGAGCAGCUCACGGCGCGCGGGAUGGUGGCGAGCCUCGCCGUCGGCGCCAUGUACAGCGUGAUCGUCAUGAAGCUGGGCCUCACCACGGGGCUCAUCCCCACGCUCAAUGUCUCCGCCGCGCUCAUCGCCUUCGUCAUCCUCCGCGGCUGGACGCAGGCGCUCGCUCGCCUCGGCGUUGCCACGCGCCCGUUCACGCGCCAGGAGAACACCGUCGUCCAGACCUGCGCCGUCGCUUGCUACAGCAUCGCCGUCGGAGGUGGGUUUGGUUCCUUCUUGCUUGGGCUCAACAAGCGGACCUACGAAAUGGCGGGGGAGGAGACGGAAGGCAACGUGCCGGGGAGCUACAAGGAACCCGGCAUUGGCUGGAUGACCGGCUUCCUCUUCGCCGUCAGCUUCGUUGGGAUUGUUGCGCUGAUCCCUCUCAGGAAGAUCAUGAUAAUUGACUACAAAUUAACUUACCCAAGUGGUAGUGCAACAGCUGUGCUUAUAAAUGGAUUCCACACGACUCAUGGAGAUGCAACAGCAAAGCAGCAAGUGAAUGGAUUCACAAAAUACUUUGCAAUCAGCUUCUUCUGGAGCUUCUUCCAGUGGUUUUACUCAGGUGGAGGCAAUUGUGGGUUUUCACAGUUUCCCACUUUUGGACUAAGAGCUUGGAAACAAACAUUUUUCUUCGAUUUCAGCUUAACAUAUGUUGGGGCAGGGAUGAUUUGCUCCCACCUUGUUAAUCUGUCUCUCCUUCUUGGUGCGCUUCUCUCAUGGGGGGUAAUGUGGCCACUGAUCAGUGAUUUGAAAGGGGAUUGGUAUCCUGCAGACAUACCAGAAAGCAGCAUGAGAAGUCUACAAGGUUACAAGGCCUUCAUCUGCAUAGCGCUCAUCUUAGGAGAUGGUCUAUACAAUUUUGUUAAGAUUGUUGCAUUCACUGUUAAGAGUCUGCUUGACAGAUCAAGACUGAAGAGUGCAAAGAAAGAGGAAGACAUUCCGGUGCUCGAUGACAUCCAUCGCAACGAAGUUUUCACAAGAGACAGUAUCCCUACCUGGCUAGCCUUCUCUGGAUAUCUUGCACUAUCAGUUGUUGCAGUGUUUGCUAUUCCCUUGAUGUUCCAUGAGAUGAAAUGGUACUAUGUUGUCAUAGCAUACUUAUUGGCUCCUGCGUUGGGUUUUUGCAAUGCCUAUGGCGCUGGCCUUACUGACAUCAAUAUGGCCUACAAUUAUGGAAAGGUCGCUCUCUUCAUUCUUGCAGCCUGGGCCGGUAAGGACUCUGGUGUAGUUGCUGGCCUAGUGGGCUGUGGGUUGGUAAAAUCGCUGGUAUCAAUAUCUGCUGAUCUGAUGCAGGACUUUAAGACUGGACAUCUUACUUUUACAUCACCUAGAUCAAUGAUUAUUGCUCAGGCUAUUGGCACUGCCAUGGGCUGCGUCAUUGGACCGCUGACAUUCCUUUUGUUCUACAAGGCCUUUGAUAUUGGCAACCCAGAUGGGUACUGGAAGGCACCAUAUGCUCUAGUCUACCGCAAUAUGGCAAUUCUUGGUGUCCAGGGCUUCUCCGCUCUGCCGCUACAUUGUUUGCAGCUGUGCUAUGGAUUCUUUGGAUUUGCAGUGGCAGCCAAUCUGAUGAGGGACCUCUUGCCACCCAAGUAUGGCAAAUGGGUUCCUCUACCAAUGGCAAUGGGGGUUCCCUUCUUAGUUGGCGCGAGCUUUGCCAUCGACAUGUGUGUUGGGAGCUUGAUUGUCUUCACCUGGCACAUGGUCGACAGAAGCAAAGCAUCAUUAAUGGUGCCAGCAGUUGCAUCUGGUUUGAUAUGUGGCGAUGGGCUUUGGAUCUUCCCCGAAUCCUUGCUUGCCUUGGCCAAGAUCAAUCCACCAUUGUGCAUGGCAUUCAGGUCUACACACUAG